AUGGAUCGAGCCGUGCAAGAGACGGAUUACGAUGCAUUUUCCUGUAAAGUCAGCGCGAUUGCAAAGCAUUACCUGCCGCGGCAGGUGUCCGGCAAGGAAAAAGAAGAGGGCGAGUUUGUGCAGCUGCACAUGGCUUACGCGCAAGGCUUGAAAAGCGUAAGCCGUAGGGCGUACUCAAAGGUUGAUAGGGCCGUUCAGUCGGCGCAGCCGGUGAUGAACUACGGCACGUACCUCCGGAGCGUUGCUAUUGACGAAGCAAUUGCGUGCUUUCUGAAAGAACACGUCAAAUCUGGCGCUGAGGCGCCGGUUCAAGUCGUUAACUUGGGAUGCGGAUCAGAUUUACGGAUGACGCAAAUGCUGUCGCAAGUGCCUCAUUUGAAGUGGCUGGACUUGGACUUUAAAGAGUCAGUGGCGCUCAAGUCUCGGAUUCUAGAGAACAACCCCUUGUUCCAGCGUGAACUCGGACCCUCAGAGUCAGUGGAAACGGCUGGAUACUUAACGAACCGGUAUUGCCUUACAAGCUGUGAUCUCAAUGAUAUCGCGCAGGUAGCGGAAAUUCUUAAAAAGUUUACAACACAAGAUUGUCCAACCCUAGUGCUAAGCGAGUGCGUGUUGUGCUAUAUGAAGUCUGCAGAGUCGAAGGCACUUAUCAACUGCAUCGAAUCCUUUUACAAAAUGGGAACCUGGAUCUCUUACGACCCUAUCGGUGGUGAUGAUUCUGCCGACAAGUUUGGAAAGAUCAUGCAAACCAACCUGCGCGAAUCGCGGCACCUGGAGAUGCCUACGCUCAUGGUGUAUAAUUCCCCUGAAAAAUACGCGCAGCGCUUCAAUACCGCACCGCAUUCGACAAGCAUAGUAACAAUGUGGCAAUACUAUGUCCAAUCCGUGCCCGACGAAGAGAAAAUGCGGCUGAAGACGCUCCAAUUUCUUGAUGAAAUAGAGGAGCUGGAAAUUAUCCUUUCCCACUACAUCUUGGCCGAAGCUUCCUGGCGAUAA